AUGGAGAGCUCUUUAGAAUAUAAAUAUGGCUAUGACUUACUAGACAGUUCCGAUCCUUUGAAAACAUUAGAUUAUAAAAACUUAUCCUACACUUGUCUUCAGAGGAAAAGAAAAACGAGAAAAACUAAGAUUAGGAAUAAUAGAAAUAGUACUAUUUACAGUAUAAACAACAGUCAUGGGCAAGAAAAUGAUGAUAAUGAUGAUGAGGUUGAAAGUGAUGAUGAGACUGAUAUAAAUAGGUCAUAUUUUAAUGGGAUUAAUGUUGAUCAUUUAAUUUGUCCGAUUUGCAAUUCUAUUUUUUUAAAGCCUUAUAUUACGAAAUGUGGGCAUACUUUUUGUUAUGAGUGUUUAAGCAAGUCGUUAAAGUCUACAAAUAACACUUGUCCAAUGGAUCGAAUUCAUUUGGAUUUAGCAAAGAAUGAAAUAUUUGCAGGUCCUUUAAUCUUAAAAAAUUUGGUGGAUGAUUUAAUUGUAAAUUGUUCGAAUUUCAAAAGAGGAUGUAAAUGGUCUGGGUCGAGAUUUAAUUUGAGAUCGCAUUUAGUUGAUAAUUGCUCAUAUACAAGGGUUUAUUGUAGUUGCAAUAAAUUGAUAGAAAAACGGUUUAUUUCAAAGAUUAAUUUAUUCAAAAAAUAUAAUAAACAAGACAAAGGUAAUCAAAGUAAUCAUUUGAUUGAUAAUUUAAAUCAUGAUGAUUUUAAGAUUGAUAAAAAAUUAGUUGAAUUAGAAAAGAAAUGCUAUCAUGAGUUGUUUAAUGAUUAUUUUAAUAUAGAUUUUGACGAUUUUAUCAACCAAAUUCAUUUAAUAACUGAAAAUAAAGGAGAUGAAGAAAAAAUAAAUAUUACUGAAAUUAGCGAUAAAAUUAGUGAUAAAGAUCAAACUGACAUGACACAUAUUCUUGAUGAUAAAGCUAUUAGUAAACUGGAUUUGGAUUAUAACUAUGGUAUUGAAGAUAGUAGUGAAGAUCGGAAUAGAAGUGGGUAUGAAGAAAAGUUGAAAGAGAAUACAAUAUUGAAUGAGUGUGAUACAUUGAGAUGUUCGAAUGAGUAUCUAGGGUGUGAUUGGGUGUUUAAGAUCUAUGAUGAUUAUUAUUAUAAACAGUUUACAAGUGAUAGUAUUGAUAAAGAGAUCAGUUCAGUUCAAAAGUAUAAAAUAUUAAAAAACCAUUUAAAGUACUGUGAGUUUGAGAAGAUUAAUUUGAGGUUGAUUGAUAAUAAGGAGAUAAUAAGAUGUAAAAAUGAGAAAAUUGAGAUAUUGGAGAAACGAUUCAAGUCAUUGAUUAAGAUAUUGCCCAAUUUGAAUUUGGAUCAAGAUUAUAUCAAUGAUAUAUUAUUAGAUGAAUUUGGUUCCAAGAGAAAUAAUAGUAAUAGUAAUAGUAAUAGUAAUAGUAAUAGUAAUAGUAAUAGUAAUGGUAAUGGUGAUGAGAAUAAUGAGAAUAAUGAGAAUAAUGAGAAUAAUGAGAAUAAUGAGAAUAAUGAUAGUGAAGUUAGUUUACAAGAUCAAAUUCAAGAUUUCAGUUAUGAAUUAAUGAAAUCAUUUUUUUUUAAAGAUUAUAAAGAUGAAUAUAUGAGUGGUGAUAUGAGUGGGGGAAUGGAUGUUGAUAUGAAUUCGCCAGAAGGUAUAGGGAUGUUUAUCAGGGAGUAUCUAAUGAGUAAACAGAACUAUAUAAUUGAUAUGCAGGAGAUGAAUGGAGAUGGGAACGAGGAUCUGAAUGGAAAUGAGGUUGAGAAGGACAGCGUAAGAAAGAGAAUUGAAGAUUCAUUCAAAGAAAUUUCCAAUGAGUUUUAUUCGCCAAAUAUUUUGAAAAACAUUAUCAAGAAUUUAAUUGAGGAUUACUUGAAAUUGAACGAAUUGAAUAAGAGCUGUUUGCGCGAGAAUAAUGUUUUGAAAGUUAAUAAUGAGAAAUUAAUAAUAAUGUUAAAAUUCCAGGAAAAUUCAAUCAGGAGAAACAUGAUAAUUGAUAACCAGAUGAAGAGAAGGAUGGUGCUAAACAGCAAUUACAACACAAUCAGCCAGUAUUUGAAUGGGGAUGGGUGUGUUGGUUAUAAUCACAGUGAUGCUAGUCCUGAGAACCAGGAAAGCCACUAUAAUCGCCAGGGCAGCGAGAGACCACAGAGACCACAGAGACCCCAAAGACCCCAAAGGUCCCAGAACAACAACAGCAGUGCUCUUCCCCGUAAUGCUAGCAGUACUAGCAGCACCAGCAAUUUCAACAACAAGUCGAGGACCAACAGUGUUGUAGGGCUGGACAGAGCUCGCUCGAGACUCUCCAGUUUCAGCAGCACCAGCGACAGCGACCUCGAGGGCUUGCAGUUUCAGGUGCACUUGAACCAGUUCAAGCUCUAA